AUGGUUGUCUUAGGUUCCAAAUGGAUCGUGAAGGGGCAGUUAUCCCGCCUUUUUCCCUCUCUUACUCCUGAGCAAAGUCAGGUCCACCUUGAACAACAGCAACAACAUUAUGAGGUGAAAAAAAAUCUUUGGAGAGAUAACAAGAUCUUUCGGGAUGAGAAUAAAGCCCUCCGCAAGGAGAAUAAGUUCCUUUGGAUAGAAAACAAGGCUCUCCAAGGAGAAAAUAAAACCUUUCGAAUAGAAAACCAGGUACUUCGGGAAUCAAAUCAGUCCCUUAGACAGCAAAAUCAGAUGCUCUGGGAGGAUAAAAGAGUUGUUUGGGAACACACAAAAGCCCUCUAUGAAAAAAGUAAUGCCUUGAGCAAGGAAAAAAAAGCUUUUUUGGAACAGAACAGAGCCCUUCAGGCACAGAUCAAGGCUCUCCAAGAGCAAGAGAGAGCCUUCCAAAAUGAGGAAAAAGCACUUCAAGAAGAGAUCAAGUCCCUCCAUGAGGAAAUCAAGGCCCUCCAGCAUCAGAAAAGUGCUCUGAACAUGGAGGAGCAGGCCUUGUGGAAGGAGGGCAAGGCCCUGCGAUUGGAGGAGCAGGCCCUUUGGAAGGAAGAGCAGGCUCUUCGGGAGGAAAACAAGGCUCUCAGGGAGGAGAACAAUGCCCUACAGGAGGAAGAAAGAGCCCUUCGGGAGGAAGCCAACAUCCUUGAAGAAUGGAAUAAGAUUCUCAAAGGGGAUGGAGAGAGUACUGCACCUACCUAUGAGAUUGUAGAGUAA